AUGACUAAAAGGAAAGAAAGUCAAACUAAAUUAAUCAAUGUAUUACGACUUGAACUAGAUGCCGAUGGAUCACUUAGCAAAGAAAAACAAUAUAUAAGACUUCCACCACCUGUUAGUCCUUAUAUAUUACGAUUUAACGUUCGUGCCGGUUCGAUAGCUUCUCACAGGGGAAUCCUUUACAUUAACUAUCCAAUCGAUGGGUUUCCGAUUGAAUUCACGAGACCUCUCAAUAUCGACAUAGUCAUUCAAAGAUCAGGUGCAUAUGAAUUCUACGUGGAAUAUAAAGAAUUAAAUUCAAAGUUGACGAAAUCAUCUGAAAAAAGUUAUUUUACGGUUGAUCCGCUUUUACAUAUCAUUCCACGACAUCGAAUACUCUCAUCCGAGCCAAUUUCUUCGGAGCCAGCAGUUGCACUUCCACUCGAUGGGAUAGUUAUUCAAUCAGUUCUACCUAAACUCCUAGGAAAACUUUCUGAAUGGGAUCCUCACAUUAAAGCUAUAUCCGAUCUCGGAUAUAAUAUGAUUCAUUUUGUACCAAUGCAAAUGCGUGGUUUGUCUAAUUCACCUUACUCCAUAUUUGAUCAAUUAUCAUUUUCGAAUGAUUUAUUCGAACCUGAAGAUCUUUUGAAGGAUCCCAAUGAAAGAAUUGAAAUUGUUCAAAACACAAUAAAGAAAAUUGAGCAAGAAUAUGGUAUUCUCAGUGUGACUGAUAUUGUUUGGAAUCAUACUGCUUGUAAUAGUAGCUGGCUUGAAGAACAUCCCGAAGCUGAUUUGGAUUUAAUUGUCGACGGUAUUAAAGAACACGUGAUUAAUAAACUUCGCUUGUGGGAAUACUAUGUCAUAGAUGUUAAAGAAGCUGUAAAUGAGUUUAAGGAAGCAUUAAACAAACCGUGGCCAUCUUUUAGAGAAGACAUUGAUCUUGCUGCCCUAUCUCUUAAAGAGCAAGCAAAAUUGUUAAAUGAUAAGGCUCUUUAUUACAAAGGAACCUUUGGUCAUAGAUUUUAUAAAAAAUUAAACUGCGAGAGUUCAAUUGCAUUUGUUCUCAGUUUGAUUAAAUCCGAGAAAAAUCAUAAAUGUGUCGAUGGUAUUAUAGUGGAUGAUAACCCAACCAAAACUUAUAAUCUAGUUUCAAAGAAAUUGUCAGAUGAUGAUGUCAAGAAGAUAGAUAGAUUUGUAAAUUCGGUUGAUGACAAGUCGAAAAAAAAGAAUUCAAAUGAAGUAUCGAUUGUCAACGUCACAGAAAAACAGAAUUCAAGUGAAGGAUCGGAUGUAAACGUUAAAGAAAAACAGGACAAAUUAGAACUUAUUGAACAAAUGGUUAAAAAAUUCGAGGGGCUUGUUAAUGAAAUUAAUUUGCCUUUUUACAUUUUGUAUGAUGAUGAUGCCACUACUAUUCUUGAUAAUUUAUGGAAUAGGAUAAAGUACUUGCGACUUGAUCCUAAUGGUCCUAGGCAUGGGGAAAUUCAUAAAAGGUAUACUCUCGCUGAACAUUAUUUUACACAAAUUCCGUUGAAUGAGCGUACAAAGAAACAUCCAAAGGGUGCAUUAGUUGUUGCAAAUAAUGGUUGGAUUUGGAACGCAAAUCCAUUACAAGAUUUUGCAAGUAGUGAAUCAUCUGCUUAUUUAAGAAGAGAAGUUAUAGUAUGGGGUGAUUGUGUUAAGUUACGAUAUGGAAAAUGUAGAGAUGAUUCGCCAUGGUUAUGGGAUCAUAUGAAGAAUUAUACUACCCAACUUGCUAAGCUAUUUCAUGGAUUUAGAAUUGAUAAUUGUCAUUCUACUCCAAUUCAUGUUGCACAAUAUCUUCUGGAUGCGGCACGUCAGAUUCGUCCAAACUUAUAUAUAUUUGCGGAAUUAUUCACAGGUUCAGAAGAAAUGGAUAUCAAAUUUGUAAGCAGUAUUGGAAUAAAUUCACUUAUCAGAGAAGCUAUGCAAGCGUGGGAUUCACGUGAAUUAAGUCGUUUAGCUCACCGUCAUGGAGCAAAACCAAUUGGUUCUAUGGAUACUGAAUGUAUUACCAAUAUAUCUACUUGUAAAAGUCCAAAUGGAAAAUUAGACGUACCAUGUCUCGUUACACCUGUAUUUGGAUCAAAACCACAUGCACUUUUCAUGGAUUGUACUCAUGAUAAUGAAACCCCUCAUCAAAAACGUAUUGCAGAGGACACUUUAUCAAAUGGUGCCCUUGUAGCUAUGAGUGCCUGCGCUGUUGGUAGUGUUAAAGGUUAUGAUGAAGUUUAUCCGAAAAUUAUAGAUUUGGUAAAUGAAACAAGACCUUACUCAAUAUAUAAGAAACCAUUAGAUAUUGGUAUUGGAAGAGUUAAAAAGGUGUUGCAACAUUUACAUACUGAAAUGGCUUUAGAUGGAUAUAAUGAAACUCAUGUGCAUCAUGAAAAUGAAUACAUUGUCGUUCAUAGAUGUCAUCCUCAUACGCAUAAAGGUUAUUUAUUAGUUGCACAUUGUGCAUUUUCUAAUUCAGUGAUAAAACAUGGUGAUUGGACUAAAGCAGAAUUGCUUUUUUCUACAUGUUUGGAUGUACGUCCUCAAGAAUUUACUCCAGACAAAAAUUAUCUUUAUGGACUUCCUGCUUCUCUUAAAUCACUUAAUACACCGAUUUUACGUGAAGAUACUGAUAAUCAUGGUCACUUUACCGAAGUUGUUUUACCAAAAGAAUUUCCUUUAGGUAGUGUUAUAUUAUUGAAAACAUCAGUAUCUAAGCAACAUAAUGGUUUGGAUGAAUUUUUGACAUCAGAUAUUGAAGAACCUUUUCAAGAAUUGGAUUUAGUUGAUUUAAAUAUUGUAUUAUAUCGAUGUGCUGGCGAAGAAAAUGAUGUUGUACCUGGUCAUAGUGUUUAUAAUAUUCCUGGAUAUGGAGAUCUUCCAUAUUGUGGUUUAGAAGGUUUUAUGUCGGUAUUAAGAAAUAUAAUGAGUCAUAAUAAUUUGGGACAUCCAUUUUGUUCUAAUUUACGUGAAGGUCAUUGGGCAUUAGAUUAUGUAGCAAAUCGACUUGAAAGUUAUUUAGAAAUCGCACCAAGACUUAAAAAGUUAAAUCAAUGGUAUAAAGAAAGGUUUGAUGCAAUUAAAACUGCACCAAGUUUCUUGAUACCUAAAUAUUUUGCACUUGUUAUUAAAACAACAUAUACAGCUGCUACUAAACGUGCAUUAGAACAAUUAUCACUUUUUGUACAAGAAGGUGGACCGUUUAUUCAAUCACUUGCAUUAUGUUCUAUACAGGUGUAUGGUACCGUGUUAUCUACUGGUCUUCAUCCUACAAAGACUGGUCCAUCAAUGGCUGCCGGAUUACCUCAUUUUACUUUUAAGCAUAUGAGAUGUUGGGGACGUGAUGUUUUUAUUUCAUUACGUGGUUUAUUUAUAACUACAGGAAAUUAUAAUGCAGCAAGAGAUCAUAUACUUGGAUUUGCUAGUGUACUUAAACAUGGGUUAAUUCCAAACUUAUUGGACGCUGCUCGUCGUCCAAGAUAUAACUGUCGUGAUGCUACAUGGUGGUUUCUUCAAUCUAUUCAAGAUUACUGUAACUUCUCAUCUGAAGGAUUAGAAUUUCUUAAGACAUCUGUUCUUCGAAGAUUUCCAAAGAAUGAUGAAUUUAUUGAAGCAGAUGAUCCUUUAGCUUAUAAAGAUGAAAGUACUAUAUUAGAGAUUAUGCAAGAAAUUUUGGAAAGACAUGCUAAAGGAAUUCAUUUUAAAGAAUGGAACGCAGGUCCCAAUUUGGAUCAUGCCAUGACAGAAAAAGGAUUUCAAAUUGAUAUUCAAGUAGAUUGGGAAACCGGAUUAUUAUUUGGUGGUAAUGAAUUUAAUUGUGGUACUUGGAUGGAUAAAAUGGGCGAAUCUGAAAAAGCCGGUAAUAAAGGAAUACCUGCAACGCCUAGAGAUGGUGCUGCCGUUGAGAUAACUGGAUUGUUGAAAUCUACUUUGAGAUGGAUUACUGAAUUGAAUCGACAAGGUUAUUAUCCUUGGAAAGGAGUGGAAUUACAAGAUCAAUCCAAGAAAUUUGUCACAUUUGCCGAAUGGAAUGAUUUAAUCCAAAAGUCAUUUGAAAAAUGUUUUUACAUUCCCAUUGAUCCUGCCGAUGAUUCAAAGUAUAAAUUGAACACAAAAUUGAUAAACCGUAGAGGAAUAUAUAAAGAUUUAUAUAAGGCUUCAAAAGAAUAUGAAGAUUAUCAAUUACGACCAAAUUUCCCUAUCGCUCUUGUAGUGCACCAUGCAUUACAAGCCUUGAAUAUUGCACGUGAAGUGCUUGCUGGUCCAUUGGGCAUGCGUACAUUGGAUCCUAAAGAUUGGGCAUAUCGUGGGUUCUAUGAUAACAAUAAUGAUGGUGACGAUAAAUCAAUUGCUAAAGGAUGGAAUUAUCAUCAGGGACCUGAGUGGUUAUGGUGUACCGGAUAUUUCCUUCGUGCUUACCUAUACUUUGACAUUCGAGUUGGAAAAGGAAAAGAAAGUCCACAUGAAACAAUUCAUGAUAUAACGCAACAUCUUUUACCACAUCGUAAAAUAAUUGAAACAACUCCAUUUGCCGGAUUACCUGAACUUACUAAUGCAAAUGGAGCAGAAUGCCAUCAUUCAUGUCCUACACAAGCAUGGUCUUCCGCUACUUUAUUAGAUUUAUUUGAUGAUAUAAAGAAGCUUGAAAAAACUAUAAUAUAG